CGCAUUUUCACCCGCUCUUCCCCAUCCGUCCCGUGGACAUCCCAUCGUCGACGAGUCGGAGCCCCCAUUGCUCGACACCACCGCACCCCGCGAACCGACCCAGUUAAGCCCACGAAAGAAUCGACACCAUAUAGACCGUGUACGCGUGCGCGCGCAGACCUUCUCGCCCGCCAUGCCGCAGGAUAUGCCCCCCACCGGGGGCUACGGCCCCGUGCAGUACAAGCGCAACAUCCCGGCGCCGGGCUUCCGGCCGACGACGUGGCUCCUCGCGAUCGGAGGCAUCAUGACGUACGGGUUCUACAAGCUGGGGGUGGGCGUCAGAGAGCAGAACGAGCUCGCCCGCGAGAAGAUGUGGUCGCGCAUCCACCUCAUCCCGCUCCUCCAGGCCGAGGAGGACCGCGACCUGGUCCGCAGACACCUCGCGGACCAGGCGCGGGAGAAGGAGCUCCUCGGCGAGAACCUCCAGGUGUACAACUCGGGCAGAUACGUGCGGCCCACCUUCGCCGUCACGCCCGCCAACAUAACGAAGUGAGGAUGCGACACGAGUUUAGAGUGGUGGGACCUGCAAGCAUACGUCGCCGAGUACGCGCGAAACGGGCUUCGCCAAAAGCCGGUGCGGUGGGAUUUGUACAUAGACUGACAGAGAAGGCAAUGAGUACGACGCUUUCCUUCCGCUGACGCGCGGCAACGCGGCGAUUUCACGUCGGACUGAAGUUUACGCCAGC